UUGGCCGACCCUGAGAUGGGUAGGACUAUUGCUUAAUGUUCUGCCCUCCUCCGACAAACAUAAGUACGACGACAGAUUGAUAAGGGUGGAACGAACCCACGACCCAACACACAGCACCGCUGAAGCAAAAUCUCAACGAGGAGAAAGUUUCCGUCUCCCUCUCUCUAUCUCUCUCUCUCUCUCUCUCUCUCUCUCUCUCUCUAUCUCUGGACUCUCUCUCUCUCUCUCUAGAGAGACUGAGAAAUUCCUGGAAUUUGAUUCAAUUUUUCGACAACAUGAGUUUGACCCAGUUCGCCAUGGUUGAGGAAUUGGCUUCUCUUGUCAAAGACAAUCUUACUUGCAAGCAUCUUAUUCUCUCAGUGGAAGAGGCCUUGGUGGACUUCCUUCAGAUUGAUACCAGUUCCAGUGGGGUCUUGGAGUUGGAACCAAUGAGCUCGUACAACCGUCUUCUCUUGCAUCGUCUUGCAGAUAUAUUUGGGUUUUCCCAUGAAUCUGUUGGUGAAGGAGAUGACCGCCACUUAAUUUUGGAGCGAUGCCCAGAGACUUCAAUACCUUCCAUCCUUGUUGGUGAUAUUUUGUGGCAGUAUGAUGAGACUGAUUCUCCAACGACUUCGCACCUAUUAUUAAAGAGGACAGAAAGCCGCCCAGUGUUGAGGAAAAAACCACCUUUGCUUCACCAUUCACUUGAGGAGAGAGAAGCAGCUUAUUUGGCUGCUCGCGAGCGAAUAUUUUCAAGCGACUUGGGCGAGGUGAAAGAAUCUGUCAGGCAGAAGCCACGUAGUGACCCUGUUGUUGCCCGACGGAUGAUAGCACAUGCCCUAGGCCAGAGAAUCAAUCCAUCCAGUCAGGGUUCCCCUCAUGAGGAUUGCAAAGCUUCUGGAGGGCAGACUGAUGAAUUAAAUGUUCAAGGCAAGGUUGCUGAUGAGGCUAAUUUGACUGCAGAAUCUUUUCAGCAUACCAUCUCCCUUUCGAACGGAGAUAUGAACUCGUGUGGUGAAGUGAAAAACAACCACCGUAGUAAUAGUGGCUCACCUCUCACCCGAAGUGAAAAGGAGAUAUCCCAGAAACAAGGUGACAAUAAUGGAAGAAACGGACAUGGUGUAGAUGAGCAAUACAUCAAAAGGGAGCAGGUGGGAGCAGCAAAGAGGAUGUUUGCUAAUGCCUUGGGAAUGCGUUCAGGGAAGAAUGAUUCUCUCUCAAAAUGCAGCGAGGUAAAGCAUGAUAGCACAGAGUAACGGUUGAAGUGUUUAGAAAAGUAUACCGGUAUGCUGUUUCAUUUAUCGUGUACCCAGUACAACUAAGAUCCGGAGCAUCUUGGGUCUUCAGUCAAGUGAAUGGUUUAUGGGCAUGUAUUGAGAGUUCUGAUGGCAUGUGAGGAGAUGCAUGCAAAAGGAGGGAAACCUUUUGAGGGUAGAACGCUGGCAGCUGCUCAGUUCUAUAUGGAUGGACAACGAUUUUCCUCGCAGCCAGCCUAUACAAGGAGCAGAUUCUUAAGCAUCUGCCAGUGUCGAAGAUAGGUUGUGUUAAUUACGGGACGCAUCUGUAUGGUAUGGGUGGUGCAAGAAGGAAAAAAUCGCUACUCAAAGAUUUUGCUUACCACCUUGAUUCUAUUUCGUGUCCUUUUGUAUUUGUUGGCUUGACAUUUCCCUACUUCUCGAGCACAGGAUCAUCCAAAAACUCAAAAUUUGUGUGUUUCAAUAAAACUGUAAGCUAACUCGCAAUUUAUAACCGGUUU